AUGCGCUUUAGCAAAUGAACAGCGAGAAAAACGCACAGUGCACGUAGAAAAUGGCCUCAUAAGAGAAGCAAAUUUCGGAAAAGUGGGCGUCUAACUUGGCGACUUCGAAUGAUUGCGGCCAUCCUUGAAGCCCCAGGCCGUCGGGGAACGUCAAUGAAAUGACCCCCAGCGCCCCCGAAAGACGGUCGAGAUGAAUAUCGUGCGCAAGUUGGCCAGGGUCGGCGGAGGCGGUGGCUCGGCCACCUCCAACACAGCCUCCGCGGCCCAGAAAGACGAGCAGAAUCAGAACUCGCAACACAUGGCUCUGGGGUUGAUGCACCUAAAGAAGCUUUUUGCCGAGUUCACCCACCCCAGCCACCCUCUGAACGAGCGCGAGCGGGAUGACAAGCUUUACAACAUGCUUCCAUUGUUUUGCAAGGUAUUUGGAACUUGCGCUUCUCAAGAAAUGGUGGAUAAGUUUCGAGACGUACACACGUUUUGUACAUACGUUUCGAGGCUGAUGGUUUGCGAGAUCAGGAAGCGAGCUUCAAAUCAGUCGACCGAGAGCGCAAGCUGUGCCAUCGCAAAAUUCUUGGAGAUAGAAAAUUCAGAAAACACGAGCAACGGAUGGAUGUUACUUACUACGCUCAACCUUUUGGCUGAGGGAGAAAUAUCAUUGAUACAGGCAAUGACUGCUGCUGCACUGCCGUCAACGUUGGUGAAAUGUCUAUAUUUAUUUUUCGACCUGCCAGAGAUGGAGAACGAGAACGUCACCGAACAAGGCAGUGAGUUCAGCCCUGGAGAACGCAGAAUUCUGCUUCAGAAGGUUUUUGUUCAACUGUUGGUAAGAUUGUGCAGUCACCCUCAACCAGCCGAUGAGCUAGCCAGAAAGGACGACCUGGCGCUUUUGUUUUCUGCCAUAACGAGCUGGUGCCCUCAAUACAACGCUCUCUGGAGGAAGAGUGCUGCAGAGGUUUUGAUGACAAUAUCGAGACACGGUCUCAGUCAACAAGUUGUUGCUUACAUUCAUAGUAAAGGUUGCGUUGCACUGUGCAUAGACAACAUGCAGCGAGUGACCGAAUUGUCCCCUCUUGAAGUAGUCGAGAUGUUUGUAACCAUUUUCUGUUUCCUGAAAGACUCGAGCGACGUUGCUCAAUCGCUGUUAGAUGAUUUCAAGUCGUGCCAGGGAUACCAGUUUAUAUCGGAGUUCUUACUGAAGCUAGAGCAAGAUCCAUCUAAGGAUAAUCAAGAUGCUAUCAGAAAUCUUGUUCUGUUGGUUGCCUCUCUGACUAUGUGUGGGCACAAUGAACUUCACCCAAGUCAAGCCAGCGUGGGAUCACUCUUCAGAAUUAUGGGCUUUUUGUUGCCCCAGCCAACUGGACGUGGAGCUAGUGUACGAAACAUUCAAGCUUUCCAAGUUCUUCAAACAGUUUUCCUCAAAGCGAGUUCUGCAAAUCUGGGGUGCACGAUUUUAGACGCGAUUUCAAGUGUAUACCACGCGGACAACGCAAACUAUUUCAUUUUAGAGGGACAAAAUACACUGCCACAAUUUGCGGAAAAAAUUCACCUAAAACCUACAGAAAUUCAAGAAAAAUUCUUUCAGCUUCUCGAGUUCAUAGUUUUCCAGCUCAAUUUUGUACCCUGCAAAGAGCUCAUAUCUCUCUCGAUAAUCCUCAGAGAUCAAUGUUCGAUACAGUGCAGCAUCACUUGCAUGUACACACUUAGGGACAUUCUAAAGCACAAUAUAGUAUUCAAGGAUGUCUAUAGGGAAGUUGGUUUGCUGGAGGUGUUCGUCACAUGCUUGGAAAGAUACGCUUCACACAUCAAAGAUGCAUUUGGAGAUAAAUCGGUGCUGUCAGAAGAUGAGAUCUCUCUGGGAAAUAUGAUCAUAGAGUCAUUGAUCGUGCUAUUGAGUGGAAAUGCCAAUAAUGCAGCUGUUUUCAGAGAGAGUGGGGGUGCAAAAUGUGUGCACAACCUGGUUCAAUACAGGGAAUGCCGACAGGAAGCAUUAACAAUCGUCAAGGAAUUGAUCCUAACAACGGGAGGAGACGAAGAUUUGGGAAUACUCCUUGCGACCAUGCACUCAGCACCACACACAAAUUUAGAUUUGAAGUCUGACAUCUUGAAAUCUCUGCUAACGUGUCUGCGAGAAAGUCAUAGAACCCGAACGGUGUUUCGCAAAGUUGGCGGAUUUGUAUACGUGAUGAGCGUCCUUGUAUCGAUGGAAGGAAGUCUACAGAACCAGCUUACAGAUUUUUGGAAAGGCAUCAAAGUGUCUGAAGUCCUCUCGCUCCUACAUCUUGUUUUUAACACUGUUUCUGUUGCCAUGCGGUUUGAGCCAGCAAAUGCAAAAUUCUUUCAACAGGAAAUAUGUUUCUCUACCUUGUGUGAUAGCAUCAGACUUCUAGGCUGUUUUUCUAGUCAAAAAACCAUUCCAGAAAUGACAAAGGAGUUGCCUCCAGCAAGUCAAAAAGACGAAAACACAUUCCAAAAAAUAUUCACAGGAAACGUAUUGAAUCCAGCAGUGGACGAAAGCAUACACAAGGACUUGAUGUACGCCACAAUUAUACUAAGAAUGCUAUACGAUCUAGCCUUAGACCUCUACGACAAAGUUUCUAACAACUCUCACGCGAGCAUUGCAAAUAUUGCGGUCCGAUCUCCUAGAAGACAGUCCGAGAACUCGAACGCACCCAAAAAGCCUGUCGCCAAUCUGAACUUGACACCACAACCAUCUGAUCCCAUCAUUGUUCAUCCUGGAGUGGUGGUUGCUAUGCUUCACCUGUUGCCUUCAAUCCAGUAUCAAGAUGUGAGCCAGUCUCUAACCUUGCAAGUAUUUUGCUCAGAGGUGCUGAAAUCACUUGUUCGUUCUGAGCGGAAUCAGCAAGUUAUGUGCGAAGCUGGUAUGCCAGGAGAGCUUCUUAAGUGCUGCGCUGUUGCUCUAGACGAAGAAACACACCCACUCCACCCAUCUGUACAGUACAUGCUUGAAAGACUUGCAGCGCAGACGUUAGAGGCAAAGGAUUUGAGGUCAUUCCUACGUUUGGGGGAACCAUUAAACACGCUUACAAUAGAAGACUUUGAAGAGGUCAAUUCAAAAAAGCCUCUUCAUAGAAAACCCGGAGGUCCGGUUCCUCUCACGAGGAUAAAAACGCUGGUAUCCAUGACAACACCAAGAGAUUUCAGACUUCAUGGCGCCUCAAUACUUCCUCCAUUCGUUGAAUUCGACAUGAGUGCAGAAGGAUUCGGCUGCUUGUUUUUACCUAGUUUAGCUCCUCAGUCAUCAAAUAUCCAAGGCGUUGCAGCAUCUGGAAACCAACAAGACAUGAACGUUGUAGGUGGAAUAGGAGCUGGCGACAGGAUUUUCCCACCACCGGGCGGGCUGACGUUUUCAACUUGGAUGUGCGUGGAUAAAUAUUCUGAUCCAAGAACUGAUCCCCAUUGCGUGAGAUUGUUGACUGUUGUCAGGCAAAUAUUGGGUAAAGAAGACCCUCUAGCGUGCUUGACGUUCAUAUUGUCAGCCAGAGACAAAGCGAUAAUCGUCAGCACUCAAGAAAUAUCUGUACCACCAAAUGUUGGCGAGUGGGAGCCUGACGUUUGCGGCGACGGAAGCACUCGAGUAUGGUGCCCUGACCUUUUGCAAGAAGGUCAGUGGCAUCAUUUGGUGCUUGUUCUUACUCGCCAAUCAGCCAAGAAUUCAUCAUUUUCGAUAUUUGUUGAUGGUCAGCAUAUACACACGCAAAGAAUGCACUACAUUGCACAAAAUCCAGGCGGUGGAUCAGCAAAUUUGCAUGUGCCUUCAUCUGUGUACGGAUUCAUAGGAACCCCUCCGUCGUGGAGAAAAUAUUCGAGACUAUCUUGGAAACAGGGCCCAUGUCAAUUAUUAGAAGAAGUUUUGAGCCCACAGAUGGUCACAGUCAUACACAAACUUGGUCCUCAAUACAUGGGCAGUUUACAGGCUCCAGAAAUCACUCAUUCUGAGCCUCACGGACCUUUGAUAGCAGAGGAGAAACUAGUUUUUGGGUUGAACUCAAAAGCAGUCUCCCAGCUAACCCUUGCUAAAAUAAGGAAAGUAUACAGCAGAGCUGAUAAUAGAGCGAUUGCCAAACAGCUUGGAAUGUCAUCACAUGAGAAUGCAACGCCGAUCAGAGUGCUCCAUAAUUCGGCUGGACAUCUCUCCGGACCUGCGCGAACGCUUGGAGGCGUUGUUAUCGGAUACCUGGGCGUCAGAGUUUUUUCCCCGCGUCCAGUAGCAAAGAUGGUAGAGAGUGUUGGUGGAUGCAACGUUUUGUUGGGGCUGAUCGCAAUGGCAAAAGACGUCGAGAGUCUCUACGCAGCAGUGAAAGCUUUGGUUUGCGUCGUAAAAAGCAGUCAGUCAUCUCAGCAAGAAAUGGACAGAAAAAGAGGAUAUCAAAUGCUUGCCACUCUGUUAAGAAGGAAGAAGCCUCUGCUUAAUUCACAUAUUCUACACCUUGCAUUCAGUUUGGUUGGAACUGUGGACAGUGGCCGAGAAAGCUCGUCAAUCCCAAAUAUUGCAGCCUACAGGGACUUGCUGUGUGACUUGGAGGUUUGGUACGAGGCACCAGGUGAUUUAACUCGAUCAUUGUUUGAACACCAUUUGGAGCUGAUAUCAGAGUCAAGCGAGAAGAAAACCAACCUCAAGAUAGCAAGGGACCUAAAUAUUUUACCAAAAUUGCUCAGAAUAUUGCUAACGGCAGCUCCUAACAGCAACUACAACCAAUGUCUUCUUUCGCUCAUUGCAGCAUUACUUGCAAACAACCCUAGAUCACACGAUUUGUUGGUCUUUGGUCAAGCAAUAGCAUCAACUCUGUCAGUUGCUAAUGCACCCGCAGAAAAGCUGUUGACGCUGUCCGAUGUGCAAUUUGAAUCGGGAGACAAUGAGCUAAAUGACAUUAUCGGGAACAUAAUUUUGAGGAACAAAUGCCUUCAAAUAUUGCAUUCUCUUCUUUUUCAAAACAAGAAAGUUUGCAUGAGCUUUUGUGAUGAAGUCACGAAGAUUCUAGGAUUCGAUUGGGUGCUGCUUUUUCUGCAAGGACAUCUGCAUCCAACAACAGUGGUUUGGGGUUUAAGAGUUCUCGUAGUGCUUUGCUCCUGUCCAAACCUAAUGCAACGGUUCAGAGAAGGAACACACAAUGGCGGCUGGUUGAAGGAAACCGAGACAGUCAACAGCUCGAUAGGUAUAUUGGCCGGGUAUCAAAUUGGCUCUCCAUUGAGCAAGUGUGGACCACAGAGCCCGAAGCUAGCUGACCUUUCCAACGUGCAAGGAUUUCAACGUCUUGAAUGGAUUAUGCCACAGCAUAUAGCUAUCCCUGAAGUUUACUUCUUAUUAGUGGCUCUCGUGAUGGGACAACCAGUAAGACUACUCCCAGCUGACUUGAAGCUAAACUUGGAUUCCAUUUGGAACUUCAUGUUCGGUGUACCUGCCAGUCAAUCAGUGACAAGUUUAGCUGGGCGCGUGACUCUGAGCGCAGAAGCUGUUAUUGCUCUUCUUGCAAUGGUGCGAGCUAUGUUGAACCACGAAUUGAGAAAGCCUGAAGGUCUACCCGAGUGGUUGAGAGAUUAUCCGGUCACUAUUAUCCAAUUUCUCUAUUUUCUAUAUCAAAAUAUGGCCGACUUCAUGCCAAUAUUCAUGAGCGCUGACGUGCUAGUUGCACUUGCAUGUACUUUAUUUCCAAGACAUGGGAGCGAAGUUUCUAGUGGAGCUUCUACUCCAAUUGAAGAUGCUAAGGUUCCCAGUAAUAAUAUGACGAUGCUAACCAGAUCUCCAUCAAAAGAUAUGGGUCUGACUACUCACCCUGCUAAGAAAUUUGUUAUGGACUUUCUCCGAGUCAUCAUUGUAGACUCAUUAUCGCUGCCUGUUUCUGGGAAAGGACCACCAACAAUCGACAUCAUCCUUGAAGCAUCUCCUGAGCAAAGCAGCUCUGCACAACAAAGUAUAUUCCAGACAGAGCUUUUGGCCAUCCUCAUGGAGCAUCUUUUGGCAGCAGAUGUCCUAAUUGGAGAGCAAGCAGCUCUACCCGUUGUGCCUGGUGGAAGCAUACAAAAUUUGGCACCAAAUGUUUACUACCUGGCAGGUCGAAUCGUAGAUAAAAUGUGGCAAGGAUCUUUCACAAGAGACCCUCACGAUGUAUUUGAGUUCGUCAUUAAGUUGAUUGCACAAGCAAAGAGAAGACCAGCCACUGUAGUCAUAGUUUCCACGGAAGGAAUAUAUCAUUGCCUCAACCGAACGAUACUUUAUCUGCUAUCAAGACCCACAAAUUCAAUUGCUGAGCAAAUGUCUGUUCUUGAUACACUUCACAAAAUAACAAGUCAGCGCAACCUCGUUUUUGGUGCUGGAAACCAUGAGCUCGAAUUCUUCGGCUGCCUCACCUUUUGCCUUCUUCAAGUAACUUCAGAUUUGAAAAUAAAUGCAGACGUUACCGCAAAGACAACUUGGGUCGUAAAUCCGAAUCAAAAAGCGGACACGGCAGAAGAAACGGCGAUGAACACUGUUCAAGGCAUGAACUUAAUGAGUGUGGCGGCAAAACGAGUUUGGGAAGAGCUUUACGUAUCAAAGAAACCCGCCAUCGAGGAAAUAUUCAAGACAACAUUGCCAGCACCAAAGGACAAAGCACCGCAUCUCAUGAUUGUUCGAGAGCAGGUGUUGGAAGCAGCGCAUAAAACCUGGAGCACUUACAUUGAAACUGAGAAAAAGUCGUUCUUCAAAGUACCAUGGGAAUCUCACAACCAAAUUCAGUCAAAAAUUCAAAAAGUAACUGGUGGACUGACGCGAUUGGCCAGCAGAACCAAAGUGAAGAAGGAUGAAGCAGUUCGAGUGAAAUAUACGGCAGCAAUGCUAAACGAAAUAAACAACCAAGUUCUAAAUCAAGUUUCUCUUGUUCGCGAACUGGUAAUGGCACAGUUGAAACACAGCGUGGACACAAGCCAGCAUAUGCAGCAAUAUUUACUGGAUGAAUGGUUAAAAACCGAGUCAGAACUUACUCGCGAAAGAGGAUUGUGGGGACCAAUGAAAGGCAGCAAACUAGACAAAUGGAUGCUGGAUACAACCGAAGGACCUUGCAGAAUGAGGAAGAAAAUGAUGAUAAAUGACCUCUUCUAUGCUCACUAUCCUUACCGCCCUGAAAUGGACCAAAGUGACGUCAGAGCCAUAAAAUACAAAGUAGCAUCAAGCCAUGACAGUAGAGAAUAUUACCAAAGAUUCAAGCCACAAAAUAUGUUUGAGCGAGACAACUCUGACGCAAUGCAUGACGUUUUCAACACAUCUAGCGUAGAAUCUGUCGACAAUGAAACUGAGGAUUUCAAGGAAAUCGGCUUCCAAGGUUUGCACGGUGCCAUCAUGAAACCAAUAAGAAGCAUAUCCGAGCAAGAAGACGAAAAUGCUGACUCUGAAAUUGAUCCUAACCAUGAUCACAGCGGACAGGUUGAUGAGGCCAGCGACAAUCAGACACUGAUGCGUCUUCUAGAGGAUAGAGAAAAAAUUAUUCACAUGUUUAGAUGUGCUCGUAUUCAGGGACUGGAUACUACAGAAGGGCUGCUUUUGUUCGGUAAGGAGCACUUAUACGUGAUAGACGGUUUCACAGUUUUAAAGUCGAGAGAAAUAUGUGAUAUUGACAAUCUAGACAACGCACGUUCGAAUCAAUAUGAGCCGAUACUACCAAGCACCGGCAGUCCACGAAGAACACGCAGCAUGAAGCAAUGCUCCAAAUUCUCUUACGAGGACAUUCGAGAGGUUCACUUACGCCGAUAUCUUCUUCAGCCGAUUGCACUCGAAGUUUUUUCAAGCGACGGCCGCAACUACCUCCUAGCCUUUUCAAGAAAAGUAAGAAAUAAGGUUCACCAGAGGCUAACAACGCAUGCGACUUCAAUGAACGAUAGCGCACAACAGUCAGUAGCAGGCCAAAAGAGAACAGCAAAUGUGGAGCAGUCUGCGAGCAUCCUCUCUAGUUUGAUUGGGGAAACAUCGGUCACUCAGCGGUGGGUGCGCGGAGAAAUUUCAAACUUUCAAUAUCUUAUGUACUUAAACACACUUGCUGGAAGAAGCUACAAUGACCUCAUGCAGUACCCAGUAUUCCCGUGGAUUUUGGCCGAAUAUGAUGUAGAAGAACUUGAUUUGACGAACCCGAAAACGUUUCGAGAUUUUUCAAGGCCCAUGGGUGCGCAGAGUGCUGACCGCUUGGAACAGUUCAAGAAAAGAUACCGAGAAUGGGACGACCCCCACGGUGAAACACCACCAUACCAUUAUGGUACUCAUUAUUCUUCAGCAAUGAUUGUCUGCUCGUAUUUGGUACGCAUGGAACCGUUCACGCAGCACUUUCUCCGGCUUCAAGGAGGACACUUUGAUUUAGCUGAUCGAAUGUUCCACAGUAUUAAAGAGGCAUGGACAUCCGCCUCAAAGCACAACAUGGCUGAUGUCAAAGAACUAAUUCCUGAAUUCUUCUAUCUACCAGAGUUUCUGCAGAACUCAAAUAACUUUGAUCUUGGUGCCAAACAGAAUGGUGUACAUUUAGGUGACGUGAUUCUUCCACCAUGGGCAAAGGAUGACCCGCUGGAGUUCAUCAGGGUACACCGACAAGCCCUCGAGUGCGAAUAUGUUUCAGCUCAUUUGCACGAGUGGAUUGACCUGAUAUUUGGAUGCAAACAGAAAGGCCAAGGAGCGGUUGAAUCUGUGAAUGUUUUUCAUCACUUAUUCUACGAAGGAAACGUGGAUAUAUAUAACAUAGAUGAUCCUCUUAAGAAGAACGCCACGAUUGGAUUCAUCAACAACUUUGGACAAAUACCGAAGCAGCUUUUUAAGAAGGCUCAUCCAGCGAAACGUGUGGCUUCAAACAGAACGUCUUCCAUCUUUGAUUCUGGACAAUUGCUACCAACAGUCAACCUCACCACAGGUCUUUUUUUCCACGGACUUGAUAAUUUACGACCAUCGUUGACACCGAUAAAAGAACUAAAAGCUCCAGUCGGCCAAAUUCUACAACACGAUAGACAAGUCUUAGCAGUCGAGCAGAACAAAUCGCUAAUGCCUCCAAACUACACCAAAUACGUUGCUUGGGGAUUUGCCGACCACAGUCUGCGAAUAGGAAAUUAUGACAACGACAAAGCCGUUCUCAUUUGCGAAGCUCCGCAAAACGGAGAAGUGGUAGCUUGCGUGUGCCCUAAUGCGAAGCUUGUCAUUACGGCAGGAACCAGUACAAUUGUGACAGUUUGGGAAUACCAAAAAAAGCAGAUGAGAGUGAAGCAAAAUCUGUACGGACACACAGAUGCUGUAACCUGCCUGGCUGCAAGCCCUGCGUACAACGUCAUCGUAUCUGGAUCUCGCGACGCAACGGCGAUCAUUUGGGACCUCUCGCGGCUCAUGUUCGUGAGGCAGCUUGGAGGUCAUUCAGCGCCCGUCGCGGCUGUAGCUAUCAAUGAGGUCACAGGAGACAUUGCAACGUGCGCUGGCACCUGGCUCCACGUGUGGACAAUCAACGGUACUGAGUUAGCAUGCGUGGACACCAGCGUAGGCAGAGCCGACCGCAUGCAGCAAAUUCUUUGCGUUGCGUUCUCCCAGGCGAAUGAAUGGGACCCUCAAAAUGUCAUUAUGACUGGUUCCACUGAUGGAGUUGCUAGGAUGUGGUCAAUAGAUUACGUGCAAGUGCCAAAGGAAGAGCCUGAGCAGCAGAUCAUUGAGAAAAGUGAGGCGACAAAAGACACAAAAGAAGAAGAAAAAUCAGCAACUCUACCAGAUAAUGACCGCGUGAAAGAAUUCGUCAAACAAAUGAGUCUGUCUGGCGAAUACACUGAAGAAAAUGGAAUGAUUUUGGUGAAGAGCGGUUCGGAAAGUAGUCUAACUGAGGACGAAGACGAAAGCAAAGACAAAAAAGAUGAAACUGCAUCCGAAGCUUUGCCGACCAUCGACGUAGAAGAAGUCGAGAGACCACUCGGAGGCAGCUUCGAAGAAUCCAUGGUUGUGGUGCGCCGAAGGCCUAGCGCCUCACACAAUCCGGCCUUUAGGAAGAGUGAAGGCAGCAGACUAGCUGGAUUGAUGAGUCUAAGCGGCAGAGUGCGGUCGGAUAGCGAGGGCCGAGAGGACACUAGUAGCAGUACAACAGAGUCCAAAACUAACAAUCCAAACACGCUGUCAUGCUCUGGGGACAGCAUGCGCACGAGUAAAAGCGACACUAGCCUCACAGACUCCUUCGUGAUGGUCAGCGAGUCUGAGAUUCCCUCUGAGAUGAGUCAAGUUAGAAGGAAAAAUCAGAACGUGCUUCGAGAAGGCUUUCAAUGGCAACGACAGCUGGUGUUCAGAAGCAAAUUAACCAUGCAUACAGCAUACGACCGAAAGGACAAUGCAGAGCCAGCUUCGAUCACUUGCCUGGCUGUUUCCAAAGACCAUCGCACAAUGUACGUAGGAGACGCAAGAGGGAGAGUGUUUUCAUGGAGCAUGGCCGAGCAGCCUGGUCGAGCCGACCACUGGCUAAAAGACGAGGGUGCUGAGAGCUGUGUCGGGUGCGGCGUCAAAUUCAGUCUUUACGAAAGGCGACACCACUGCAGAAACUGUGGCCAGCUUUUCUGCUCCAAGUGCAGCAAAUUUGAGUCCGAAAUCUCACGGUUACGCAUUUUAAAGCCGGUGCGGGUAUGCCAAGGGUGUCACGCUACGCUCAGAUCAGCUUCAGUGGAAUCGCAAUGAAAACAUUCUGUGAAAUGUGCAAGUCAAAACCACCCAAAUUGUAAAUGUGCAUAACGUUAUGCUUCAGCCACCAAAUAGUGAUAACAACUUAAGUCUUGUAAAAAAGUAAAUUGAUAAUAACUUUUUGAAACUGACAAGAUUCGAGUUUUGUAGUUAAUGUAUUAAUAGUCUCAGAUAAUAUUUAUUAAAGAAAAUUAACAGCAAAUAGAUAAUUGUGAUCAUAUACUAUAGAACACGGCGUUGCAGAUGUAACAAAUAUUUGUAAAUAGCUACAUGUAAUAUAUAUCAUACCAAAUGCAGUGAGGGAAAUCUAAUAAGCAUAAUAGCUUCUAUGAAAUAGGGCAAAGGUAUAUAAAAGAAUGGAAAUGAAUAUAGUAUAUAUUGUAAGACGAUAAUAAUAUGUUUGUUGAUCAGCACAUCUUUAAUUUUCUAAACAGCGCUCUGAUAUUUUUCUAGAAAACCGUAAUAAGCUAAGGGGAAAAUUAAAUCAAAGCGUGAAAAAAGUAACAUACAGCCUAAUUAUCCAGUCGAUGCUUGGUCACGGCAACCCCUCUUGCAACUGUUUGUGGUGCAAUUACAGAGCAAAAUAUAAUCCUUAUUGUUGACUACUUUUAUGUUUGGUAUAAUUUCCAAAUUUGAUCUCAAUCUGUUAACGAUUUUGCUCAAUCCGAGGAAUAGUAAAGAACAAUAAUGAUUGUUUAACUGUAUUAGCUGGAUCUUUUUAUUUGUCUACUAAUCAAUAGCCGCAGAAUCUUUAGUGUAACCAGGGUGUAACACGAGAUGUAUGUUUCCCGUCAACUAAUUUUAAGUUUCGGAUUUCCCAAAAAAAUAAUCGGCAUUCCGUAUAAUUCUUCCAGAACAUAUCAGUAUCAUUCAAAAUGCAUAGCUAUCAUUUGAUGUACGGCUCUAAACAGUUGUUAAAUAUCGACUUUGUGUACCAAUAUAUUAAAAAAUUUCGGUGUUUAGUUUAGCAAGACCGGAGCGUGUAACACAGGUUGUGCGAUGAAGCUGGUUAUGUCCACCACAAUACAAGAUAGUAUUCCUCAAAAAUUUGUCAAUUGCUUUUAAUAAAAAUGCCCAUUUAGUAGACAGAGUAA